GGAGUUGAUUUCUCGUCUGGGAAAAGCUGUUAGUUGUUGGUGGACAACAGAAGUCUCAGCACAGAGAAGAGCAGAGAAGUUUCCUGUUGAGACUCACUCAAAGAAAACCCCAAAGGAGAACUCUGAGAACUCAUUUGGGCAUGAAGCUUCCAGGGCAAAGGGGUACUCUUUACAUAGAUAAAUGCCAUCUACUGAUCAGCAGAUGCAAGCGGAUUCUUCUCCGGACUCCUGUGGCUCAUGGGAUGAGGAUCUGGCUCCGAGGAGGGCAACUGCCCUUCCUGCUGCUGCUCUGUGGUCUGCAGACACGCACCGGGCGUGCUGAGGUUGCAGUUAAAAUUGACUUUGAUUUGGCGCCAGCUUCCUUUGAUGAUCAGUACCACGGCUGUAGCAAACAGGUCAUGGAGGAGCUAAAUCAAGGAGAUUAUUUCAGAAAGGAACUAGACACCCAUAAGAAUUAUUCCAAGGUGUGGCACAAAGCCCACUUAACCUGGUUGAACCAAGCCAGAGUUCUCCCCAAGGACAUGACAAUUACACAUGCUGUGGCUCUCCUGGUUUACACAUUGAAUAACAAUGUGCGCUCUGACUUUUCUAGGGCCAUGGCCAGUGCUGCCAGGUCUCCACAGCAGUAUAGACAUUCAUUCCAUUUCAAAUAUCUACACUACUACCUGACCUCAGCAAUCCAGCUGCUGAGGAAAGAGACCAUUGUGAAGAAUGGUACCUUGUGUUAUGAGGUACAUCACAGCAUGAAGGAGUUCCCCUUUGAAGCCCACAUAGGUGCCACCAUUCGAUUUGGCCAAUUCAUUUCUACCUCCCUCCUAAAAGAAGAGACACAGAAGUUUGGGAGCCAAAUGCUGUUUACCAUAUUUACCUGCAUGGGUGUACCUGUACAAGACUUCUCCCUCAGGAAGGAAGUCCUGAUCCCUCCGUAUGAGUUUUUUGAAGUGGUAAAUACCAGCUACCAUUCAAAAGGAUCUUGGUUGCAGUUGCAGUCCGCUGGAAAUCUGAGCACAUCUAACUGCCAGCUGCUUAAAGCUUCCAGCAAGAAGUGCGUCCCUGCUCCUAUGGUUAUUGCUUCUUUCUCCUUUUUGGCCAGUGUUAUCAUAGCUUCCAAAAGAAAAGUACAAAGGAAUCCUGCAGCUCCUUUUUAAAAUAUACAUAUGCAAAUGAAAAAUUUGUAUUGCUUUUGCUAAUAAUGGGAAGUUGUUUGCCAGAAAGGAUGAUUCCGUGAUGCUUCUGCUGAAACCAGUGUGGCCUCCUCUUUGCUAGUUCUGUUUUGCCUUCCCUGUACACCUUUGCCUUUUCCAGUCAGGGCACCCUGAAUACCCCUGGAGAAUCAUUCUGCACACCUACCAUUUGAUGCACAACUGUCCCAGAUCACUGCUUAUCAGUUGGCCUAUAACUCAUACCUUAGCCAAUCAGUACAAUUUUUUCUCCAUUAAAGCAGAAGUUUAUGCUGAAAAAGAAAGUAACUCGGUGAUUAUAGCCUAUGAGAUUAGAUCAAGGUACUUUUUAGAAAUUUGUUUUGGGAGUAGGGUAGGAAUCUCUUUUUUGAGUAGAGCAAGUAUGAGCUUACAGAUGCUAGAAGCUAUCUUACCAGCAAGAGAGGAGACCUGACUCCUUGAGAAAGCAGCUAACACAAUGAAGGAAGAACUGAGAAAUGAAAACAAAGUGAGACCCAUUGAGAGUGUAUGACCCUCUAGAUCCAUCGGGAUCUGAAGCUGAGUAUCCUUUUUCUUCACAUAAAUCCAGAAGUAAUAUUUUGCUUACAUAAUUUGAAUUACAUAUUCUUUCUCACACAAUUGAAAGAAAUUCUGAUGAACACAAAUUCCCUGCCCUUUUUUUUUAGUUUAGUGAUCCUAUAAAGGAACAAAUCAAAGAAGACUUUACCCCUACAACUUUAAAGCAAAGAAAAAAUUGAUCAUCAAAUGGAAAAGUUUUGAGUCACAGAGACCUAACCAAAGUGUAAAUUUUCUUCAGAGGUUUUCAUUGAAAUUCAAGAUCAAAUUAUUGUGGUCUCAGAUGAGAAGAAACACAGAAUCUUAAGCAAUAAAAGAGAAAGGUAAUAAAAUAUGUUAAUGAAAUCUCAUUCACUGCCAGUUAACAGGGAGCUACAUACAAGCUCCUAAAAUACUACAAAAGCUAAAAUUUAAAUUCAUUUUUGUUUAUAAAGGACUAAAUGAAAUUUUUGACUUAAAAUCUUCAGAAUGAGAGUUUUCAAAGUGGUGGAAUAGAAGAGGACGUGUUCCUGGCUGCUCUGUGGAGUGAAACCAAGAAAGCAGAUAGGAAGCUUCUCAGGAAGGUGGGUGAACAAAAAAAGUGGGGAACUUCACUGGAAUUUAAAACUGGACCUUCAAAGCAGAUCAGGGACUUGGGAGGUUGAAUGCAAUAAAAUAUGGAAGAAAUCCCCAGUAGUAUGGCCACUGCUGUGGCCAGGCCUGAAGGACCAGUCAGAGCAGUCCCUCCAUGAGCUCAGUGGAGGGAUAAAGGAAUUAAAAGAAUCACAUUUGUGGGAGGCCUAAGGCGUGGAUGGGUACAGAGCAUUUAGAGACCAAGUGUUGUCCAACAAACCUGAAGGACACACUGCACAUCCAUGUGCGGGGAAAGAAACCACCAUCUCUCCAAGCAGUAUGUGGAGUACAAAGGAAGGAACCGUUUUGCAAUUGUGGUACAGGGACCAGCAGGUUGAUUCCUGGCAAUCCUGAGUUUGGCCUAAAAUGCAGGCUCAGUAAACCCACACUGCACGACAAAGAGUGUGCUUAAGUGACCAGGAAAAAAAAUUGAACAUGGAAAGACACACAUCUAGCUGGGAAUUCAGAAGGGCAGGAGUGAGAGAGAUUGGAGGCUGAACCAGAGACCAGGAAACAUGGGGACUGAAGGUCACUUAGGGGACUAAGAAUUGGCUCCCCCACCACAUGAGUGGAACCCAGGGGAGAUCCCUGGGGUACAGUUUUCCAGCAUGUAUUAGAAAAAACUGGACUCUGAAGGUGUACUGAUUUAAAACUUCCAGACCAAUUGGCAUUCAGGGAAGAGCCUGGAGCCCAGCUGAGCCUAAACCCUGCCUCCAGGAAUUCCGUCUAUGGGAUUAACUCCCUCACUCCAGCAAUCCAGAGGGUGGGACAUCAGAUGACCCUACCUAAAACUGCUAAGAAGAGAAAUUGAAAAACUUUCAAACUCCAACAGAAAGAAUUCUUUAAUUUUUCUUCAAGAUCUUUUUUUCUUCUGUUUAAUUAUGACUGUAAUGAUAAAUGGACAUUUAUACAUAUUCAUAU